AUGAGCUACACGACUGCAGAGAGCGUGGUGCCCACCAGCACCUGGGCGGCCACCAACUUGUUCUACGUUCUGGUGGUACCAGCCCUGAUUCUCUGGUACGCGUACUGGCGUAUGUCCAGAAGACAUUUCUAUGAACUCGCAGCAAAACUGCACGGACCCCCUGGCCUACCUCUGCUCGGAAACGCGCUAGAGUUCACCGGUGGAUCUCACGACAUCUUCAGAAAUGUAAUCGAGAAGAGUAUUCCUUUCGAUGGAGAAUCCGUAGUGAAGAUUUGGAUCGGACCCCGACUUCUAGUGUUCUUGUACGAUCCUCGUGAUGUUGAGCUGAUCCUCAGCAGUCACACACACAUUGACAAGGCUGAUGAAUACAGAUUCUUCAAGCCUUGGCUCGGAGACGGUCUUUUGAUCAGUACUGGCCAGAAAUGGAGGUCUCACCGCAAGCUGAUUGCCCCCACUUUCCACUUAAACGUUCUCAAGAGUUUCAUUGAUCUGUUCAAUGCCAACUCCAGGGCCGUUGUUAACAAGCUGAAGAAGGAGUCUGGAGAAUUCGACUGUCAUGACUACAUGAGUGAAUGCACCGUAGAAAUCUUACUUGAGACUGCUAUGGGAGUCAGCAAGACUACACAAGACCAGAGCGGAUUCGAAUACGCUAUGGCUGUAAUGAAGAUGUGUGACAUCCUUCACUUGAGACAUACUAAGAUCUGGCUCAGACCAGACCUCCUCUUCAAAUUUACCGACUACGCUAAGACUCAAACUAAACUCCUUGAUGUCAUCCACGGCCUGACCAAGAAGGUUAUCCGAAGGAAGAAGGAGGAAUUCAACUCUGGCAAGAGGCCCACUAUUUUGAAUGACUACAGUUCCACCGCUGAGGAAACUACCAAAACUACAUCCGUCGAGGGUCUGUCAUUCGGUCAAGCGGCCGGUCUUAAGGACGAUUUGGAUGUUGAUGACUCUGAUGUAGGACAGAAGAAACGUUUGGCCUUCCUUGACCUUCUCCUCGAAAGUUCACAGAGCGGUGUUGUUAUUUCCGACGAGGAAAUCAAAGAACAAGUGGACACUAUUAUGUUCGAGGGUCACGACACAACUGCCGCUGGAAGCAGUUUCUUCCUGUCGAUGAUGGGUAUCCACCAGGACAUUCAAGACAAAGUUAUCGAGGAACUUGACAAGAUCUUCGGUGACUCGGAUCGUCCAGCUACUUUCCAGGACACUCUUGAAAUGAAAUACCUGGAAAGGUGCCUCAUGGAAACACUCAGAAUGUUCCCGCCAGUGCCUAUCAUUGCACGUCACUUGAAGCAAGACAUCACUCUUCCUUCAUGUGGUAAGCAAGUGCCUGCUGGUACAACCGUAGUAGUAGCAACAUACAAACUGCACCGUCGCCCCGACGUGUAUGAAAACCCUACCAAGUUCGACCCCGACAACUUCCUGCCUGAGAAAUCAGCGAAUCGCCAUUACUACGCAUUCGUGCCAUUCUCCGCUGGACCCAGAAGUUGUGUCGGUCGUAAAUACGCCAUGUUGAAGCUGAAGAUUAUUCUAUCUACGAUACUUAGGAAUUUCCGCGUCUACUCUGAUCUUAAAGAGUCCGACUUCAAACUGCAGGCUGACAUUAUCCUCAAGCGAGCUGAGGGCUUCAAAGUUCGCUUGCAACCACGCAAAAUGGCCAAGGCGUGCUGA